AAAAAAGUCCUUGGGAUAGAAACUUCCUGAAGUGUGAGCAGGGGUGGACCCAGACACGCCUCUGCUGUUUACAUUUUUUCCUUCAGGACCGUGAUACGUGGCUGUUUGGGAACGAACAGCAGCGGUCUGUGGAGUGCUGCUGCUGGAGAGGGAGGGAGGAAGAAAGGGAGAGGAUAUCCCAGGCUGCAUCCACCAAACCGGCCUGGAUGGCAGGGACACACCGGUGCAAAGACUACCGAAAAUACAAGCAUCACUGGUUACAAGUGCUCUUUAGACCAUGGGACAGAUAAAAGCUGGAAAUUGUAGGCUGGGCUUCAGCUGGGCUCUUGGUGCUCUGUUCAUCCCUGCUACUCUGCUGCUGCUGACCUCUAGAGGAGCAUUAAGUAGACAGAAGAUGGCACAAACAGCUAUGAGUCAGGCAACGGACACAGCUGCAGGACAAGGUCCCAGCUUUACAGAUAUCCUCCCAGGUCUCCAAGCUGUUGCUGACUUCCUAGCCAGCGAACAUGCCCAUGUCUGGCUCCUUUCGGUGGUUGGCUCUGUUGCUGUUGGCCUCAGUGGGAUUUUUCCACUGCUCGUCAUCCCUACUGAUGCUGGAGUAGCCCUCAAAACACAAGCUGGCUCCCAGAAACUAAAGCAGCUCUUAAGCUUUGCCAUUGGUGGUCUCCUCGGUGAUGUGUUUCUUCACCUGCUCCCAGAGGCGUGGGCUCUCUCUGGAUCUUCAGCGAGUAAACUAAACCACUACAUGACCCAGGGCCUGUGGGUAAUAGUUGGCCUGUUUGCCUUCCUGCUCCUGGAGAAGAUGUUUCCUGACCAAGACGUUCAAGAGGAUCCAACUCCAAAUUCAGAUCUGAAUUUUAACACUCCUUGUCGCUCUAAUUCAGUUUCCAACGAGGAAACUUUGGGUUCAAUCACAAAUGGGCAUCAGGACAAUUCAUGGAAAAACUCCAAGUCGCAGCAACACGGUCUGCAGAAAGGAGCAGCAAAAAUUAAGACAAGUGGAUACCUCAACCUACUGGCCAACUGUAUUGACAACUUCAUGCAUGGACUGGCAGUAGCAGGAGGUUUUCUGGUGAGCAAAAAGGUUGGUUUUCUCACUACCUUUGCUAUCCUGCUCCACGAAAUUCCACAUGAGGUGGGUGACUUUGCCAUCCUACUGAGGGCAGGUUUCGAUCGAUGGAGCGCUGCUCGCAUGCAGCUGCUUACAGCUUUGGUUGGAGUCCUGGGAACUUGCUUUGCUCUGUGUAUGCAGUCACCGAAAGGUACAGACCUGACUGAAAAUGCCACUGCCUGGAUUUUGUCCUUCACUUCUGGAGGAUUUCUCUACAUCGCUCUGGUUAACGUGGUACCUGACCUGUUAGAGGAGCCCAGAUUGAGACACACUCUCCUGCAAAUCCUGUUAAUGAUCUGUGGUGUGGCAGUCAUGGCUCUGCUCUCUGUGAUUAUUGACUGAACACUGAGACUAAAGACUAGAACUCAACACCACCUCAUAUCUGACAUCACUCCUCUAUAUCAUCACCAUCACCCAAUUAAACAAUAAGUACGACUAAAAAAAUGGCACUUUACAGAUAGAAGAAUAGAUGGAUGACUGAAAGGAUGUGAGAAUGUGCCAGACUUAAGGGAAUUUCAAAGAUGUGUUUGGACCCCUGUUACCAAAUAGUUUUUUUACGGCUGACAAUCAUGUUGUUUCCACAUGAUACUCUUGCUAUGUAAACGUGGACAACCUCCUUCUUGUGCUCCUUUUCUAAAUUAAUAAUUGAACAUAAAUUUUUUUUAAGUGUUCAAACAAGAGUUUACUGUUUCUAAUAUAGCUGCUUUAUAUUUAUUAAAAGAGAGAAACGAGCAACAAAGAUUUUUUUUCCACAACCGUCACACAAUGGAACCAUGUCGCGCUAAACAAGUGCCAAGAAGCCAAAACAGGCUGGCAGCCUAAGUGGACACUAAAUACACCAAAGUGUUUUUUUUCAAUGUAUCUUCAUCACAGCUCAGUCUGCACCUUGUUACAUUUGAGCUUUGACUGAAUUUACUUUCAGUUUGAAACCAUUACCGGAACCAAAUAAUCAACUUGACUUGUGUUUUCUUUCUAAGGCACAGGUGUUUAUGGCCUCCUGUCAUGCGGAACAUUGUCUAUGUGUUGUUGACUCAACUCUUGUUGAAAAUUUUCACUCCUAAAAAAGUAAAAAAUAAAUUUCUCUAUCAUAUUUUGAGUGGUCCUUUUAUAUUAAACCUAAAUAAAUAUUUCAGUAAUGUAUACCUAAAGUCUGUGUAAUGCUACAUAGAAAUAAGGAUACAUCUGCACUUUUUUGUAGACCAGUGUAAAAGGUGCUGAUGGCCCCAUGGGUUUAAAAUUGACCUCACUAUGCAAAAAAAAAAAA